CCCUCUCUCUCUCUCUCUCUCUCUCUCUCUCUAUCGCGCGCGCGGAGUAGCAUUUGAGCAGAAUCCAUUACAGGCCAAGUAAACCUUUCCUCUGUUUCGGAGCUAGCGUGCUUCAACAAUGGCGACUCUGAUGCAGAAAAUCAAGGAUAUCGAAGAUGAGAUGGCUAGGACUCAAAAGAACAAAGCUACUGCCCAUCACUUGGGUUUGCUGAAGGCUAAACUUGCAAAGCUAAGGAGAGAUCUACUUGAGCCUCCGUCAAAAGGCGGUGGUGGUGCUGGUGAAGGUUUUGAUGUCACUAAAAGUGGAGAUGCAAGAGUUGGUUUGGUGGGUUUCCCUUCAGUUGGGAAAUCUACACUGCUGAAUAAAUUAACUGGGACCUUUUCAGAGGUUGCUUCCUAUGAAUUCACUACUUUAACUUGCAUACCAGGAGUGAUCGUGUAUCGAGGUGCGAAAAUUCAGUUGUUAGAUCUCCCUGGAAUUAUUGAGGGUGCUAAGGAUGGAAAGGGUAGAGGAAGACAGGUUAUCAGCACUGCUAGGACAUGCAAUUGCAUUUUAAUUGUUCUUGAUGCAAUAAAGCCAAUAACUCACAAGCGUCUAAUUGAAAAAGAGCUCGAGGGAUUUGGCAUAAGGUUAAACAAGGAACCACCUAACCUUACAUUCCGGAAGAAAGAUAAAGGUGGUAUCAAUUUCACUUCAACGGUUACAAACACACAUCUGGAUCUUGAAACUGUGAAGGCAAUAUGCAGUGAAUACAGAAUUCACAAUGCUGAUAUCACUCUUAGGUUUGAUGCAACUGCCGAUGAUCUCAUUGAUGUUAUUGAAGGCAGUAGGAUAUAUAUGCCUUGCAUCUAUGUUGUGAACAAGAUUGAUCAGAUUACACUUGAAGAGCUCGAGAUUUUGGAUAAACUUCCUCACUACUGUCCUGUCAGUGCUCACCUGGAGUGGAACCUUGAUGGUUUGCUGGAGAAAAUAUGGGAGUAUCUUAAUUUAACUCGCAUAUAUACAAAACCUAAGGGGAUGAAUCCAGACUAUGAAGACCCUGUGAUCCUAUCAUCUAAGACAAGGACCGUUGAGGAUUUCUGUGAACGGAUUCAUAAAGAUUUUAUUAAACAAUUUAAGUAUGCUCUUGUUUGGGGAUCAAGCGCGAAGCACAAGCCCCAAAGAGUUGGCAAGGAACAUCUGCUUGAAGACGAAGAUGUUGUUCAGAUUAUCAAAAAGGUGUGAUUUGGUGCAAAGUCGGAAAGUCUUAUAACCAGCAUAUCAGGAAGCAUCUUGAGAUGAAGCUUUUCUUUUCUCCCGACUGGAUCGUUUGUAUUUUGUAGACCGUACAGCACUCCUCCGGUGUCUGCUUAUUGGGGUGCAAGGCUAGGCAGAACUUGAGGCAGUUUGAUAUUUAAUAUCAUACCGCACGUUGUCAUAAAAUUUGUUUAGUUUGUAGUAUAAAAAGUAUCAUCCAUUACAAAGUUCAGAGGAUUAAACGAAGUUCAUUUUUAAGAAACUAACGGAAGUGAGAUGCUCGAGGCGUGAUGUUACAACGAAUUGUGGAUUACUGCAUGAGCGUAAUGCCGUCAAUAGUAGUAGAGCCUACCGCCUCCGAGGAUCGAUUAUCUUGGGCUUGGUUUA